CCACAUCAACCACACACCACAAGGAUCACUCUUUCAUUUUCCACUCCUUUCUCACCACCACCAUCCCCACUGAAUCUCAAUCAACAGAAACAAAAGAUGGUGAUGAUGAAGCACUCAUUCUUCUCUCUCCCACUUCUUCUAAUGAUCUUUUGCUAUUCCACCACCACAUUAGCCCAGUCACCUGCUGCUGCCCCUGCCCCAACACCUUCAUCACCCCCGACAGACAUCAUAAGAAUCCUCAAAAAAGCUGGAGGUUUCACCACUCUAAUCCGUCUUCUGCAGACAACCCAAGUUGCCACACAGAUCAACGCCCAACUCUUGAACUCAAACGGUGGUUUAACCUUAUUUGCACCAAAUGACAAUGCCUUCUCAAGCCUCAAACCUGGCUUCCUCAAUUCCCUUAAUGAUCAGCAAAAGAACGAGCUCAUCCAAUUCCACUUGCUACCCACAUAUGUUUCCACAUCAAACUUUGAUACCUUGAGCAACCCAGUGAGAACACAAGCUGGUGAAAACCCUGAUAGGUUGGCACUGAACAUAACCAGUUCAGGAAACCAAGUGAACAUGACAACGGGUAUUGUUAACACUACACUUGGUGGUACUGUAUACACUGAUCACCAGCUAGCUGUUUAUCAAGUGGACAAGGUGCUUCUUCCUCGUGACUUCUUCGUUGCUAAGCCUCCUGCACCAGCUCCUGCACCUGCAAAACCUAAGGCUUCUAAGAAGAAAUCUGCAGAGGGUCCUGAAGCUGCAGCAGAUGAUGACUCUGCAGCUGUAAUGAGUGUGAAACAGAUGCAGUUGAUGUGGGUUCCCAUUGCAGUUGCUACAGUUGUAGUAGCAGCAUUUUCAUGAUGAUGAUGAUGAAAGUUUGAAGAAGAUGAAGCUGCCAAGUAGGGUAAGAUUGAAGGGGAAGAAAUGGAUCCACAUUUUGCAGACUUGCAGUGCUUUUCAAUAAUUGUCUUAUUUUCCUUUCUUUCCUUUUUUCUUUUUUCUUUUUCUUUUUCUUCUCUUAUGGAUAAGUCUUUCUGGGGUGAAAAUUAAAUUGGAUUUAUGAAGCCUUCAUAUCUUGUGAAUUACGUAUGAGAAUUUUGUGUACUACAAGUUGCAAUCAAAGAACUUUUAAUAGAAAGA